GAGUUAGCUUCGUUACUAGCACUAGCUAGUUUUUGUAGUCCUGUUGUAGUCCUGGUUCAGUGAACGCCUCGGGGCACCAUGGUGCACAGCUGCUGUGCGCCGGGAUGCCAGAGCUAUCGGGGGAAAUAUAACGAGAGGAAGUCAUUUUAUAGGAUUCCUAAAGACCCCGGGAGGAGGAGGAAAUGGAUAGCGGCUAUAAAACGGGCUCGGAGCACAAACAGCCAGCCCGGAACGUUUGAGCCUAACAACAAAAUAUACCGGCUAUGCAGCGACCACUUCAUAUCCGGGAAGAAGAGUGACAACCCUCUGUCACCUGACUACGUUCCUUCAGUCUUCCAUCAUGUUCCGUCCCCGGAGACGACAACGAGCUCAACGUGGUUCCACGUAUUCAACAGCAUCCAGGAGAGCAGACGUCGGAGACUAGAGAAGGCAGCGAAGCCGUCAGCUGUGAUGGACGUGACCGACCAGCUGGAUGAAUCUAACGACAACUAUGAGAAUAUUCUGCCUCUUACCGACCAAAAUGACCAUCCAGCAACUCCACCGUACGACGGUGGACACGGUAAACCAGCGUAUGAGAUGCUGGAGUCGGAUCCAGACUGGGUCCCAUCGCUGCACCUGGAUCACAGAGAACCAAACCCCCGACGCGCCACCCGGCUGCUCCGGUCGCUGCGGCAGGAGAACAGAGACCCGCCGCAACGAUGCACCCCCCCAGAGACGAGACCUUCACAUGAGACUGAGACCAGAAUAACAACAUGCACCCCCCCAGAGACAAGACCUUCACACGAGACUGAGACCAGAACAGCAGCAGCAGGAGGGGGUGCAGAGAAGCCGGCCGUCCGUCCCUGGAGAGAAGCGAGGUCUCUGCUGCAGGCAGCUCUGCAACGUAAACCCAACUUCAGCCAGCAGCCUGGAGACGAGACGCUCGGACAAACUGAGAGGAAGACGGACGUCAACUUCAGAGAUUUGUUCAGAGGCGCUCUGGAAGCUUCUCUGGACGCCUACAGCCGGUCCCGGGCUCUGUCAGCGCGGCGGCCGCCCUGCGGGUCCUGGGAGUACGACGUGCAGCUGAACGUUAACCUGCCGUCGGUGAAGGAGGAGAAGCAGACCUGCGAGGAGGAGUCCUCCUCCUCUUCCAGUCUGAGCUGCGUCCGGCUGCAGUCGAGGAACACAGAGCUGGAAGAGAAGCUGUCGGGUCUCAAGGAGGAACCAGAGUACGUGGAGGUUUCCACGGUCCCCGAAACGCCUCAACAGAGUCCCUGGAGCGCGCCCGCCAAGGAGGACGGGCCUGCAUACACCGUGGAGGACCCGUUUGCCUCCCAGGAAGCUGACUUGGAGCCCGGAGAAGUUCGGGAAAUGUGGGAGUUGAGCGAAGACUCGGACUCAGACGCCCGUCCCCCAAAAGCCCCCGAGGAGGAACCCUGUUGGCGUGUCGACCAAGACAACGGUAGCGGUAAGUCGUGCGGCCAAAAGUGUCGGAAGAGGUGCUGGGAAAGAAUCAGCGAAGCGAGACGGGAGGCGCUGCACGCCGCCUACUGCAACAUGAGCUACGACGCGAAGAAGGCGUUCGUUUCGUCCUGCGUCCCUCGGCGCCAGACCGCGGUACGUUCCGGCGCUGGCGUUCCCAGCCGACGCAAGCAGACGCUUUCUUACCACUUCACCGAUGAGCUGGGUCUCACUCAGAUAGUCUGCAAGACCUUCUUUCUCACAACUCUGGGAUACCAUCAGAGAAAUGACCGCUUCGUCCAAACGGCCAUCGGGAACGCACCCCGGUCUCGCAACGAGCGCCACGAGAAAUGUGCGAAGACGGCCGAUAGAAGACGCAGCGAAGCGUCGGAGCCUACGUGUUCCCAGAGUGAGAUCACUGUGGAGCUGCACCAGCUGGAGACGGGCGAUACCCAGCGCUGGAAUGUUACGGAGUACGUCUACUCCAGUACUGGGCUUCAGUCCAGGAGUGGACACCAUCAAACUUGAUGAGAAUUUUUGUGUGUGUGUGUGUGUGUGUGUGUGUGUGUGUGUGUGUGUGUGUGUGUGUGUGU